AUGACUCGCCCGCCACCACCUUGCGCGAAAUCUUGCACCACCACCACCACUCCCCAUCCGACCAUUACCAUCAAACGUGCGCCUGCUCGUCAGAUAGAGGCCUUUCAAGCCACUAGUAUCGCUGCUACCUCGUGCUUCAUAUCGCCACCCUCUACCGCCAUCCUGCGCCGCUUCUUCGCCAUCAAAGGGCUGCCAUGGCCGGCUCGCACUCCCAAACCUAGCACCCGCAUCCAACCGUCCACCUCGACGCACCGUGCCAAGUCGCCAGCCCGCAGCCCUCAGCCCAUCCCACCCUCGAAUACAAAUUCUACCAAGAUCGCCCACUUCAUCCUCAUGAAGCGCCAACAUCCCACCGCCACCGCCAAGCCUGCCAGUGCCAAGGGCGCAGGCAGCAACUGGAAGGCGCUCAAAAAGACGCUUCAGCCCGAGGCUUCGUCAUCCACCUCGACUCCAUCCCAACAAGGCCGCCGCAAAUCCCUCUCGUAUCAAUCCAAACCAAAGCGCCCAAGGUUCCAUGACGACGUCUCGCCCAACGAAUCCGGAGGCAGCAAGUCCUCCAGCCCGGCGCCAACCUCGUUACCCUGGUUUGCCGAGGACAUUUCGCCACAGGAUCUCGAGCUCGUCCGUCAGAGCGCUUCCGACAAGAUAUCGCGCAGCGGACAGUGGGAGGGUAUCAUGGACGUAGACCUCAAAAAGAAGGUCAUCCUAGGCGGCCUGCCAUCCGACGCCAAUCCAGCCAAGAAGGAGCCGGGCAACUACCUCGCCAUCGACUGCGAGAUGGUCGGUGUCGGCGACAAGGGCUCCGAAUCUGUACUCGCGCGCGUCUCCAUCGUCAACUUUCACGGCGCCACCAUCAUGGACCGCUUCGUGCGUCCACAGGAAAAGGUGACCGACUACCGCACCUGGGUCUCGGGCGUUCGUCCCAGGGACCUCAAGGGCGCACCUUCCUUCAGCGAGGUGCAGGGCGAAGUGGCUGCUCUCAUCAAGGGCAAGGUGCUCGUCGGGCAUGCCAUCCAGAACGAUCUCAAGGCGCUCUUGCUCUCGCAUCCUAAGCCACUCACGCGCGAUACCGCCACCUUCCAACCGCUGCGCGACUUGGCAAAGACAAAAUACCCAAGUCUCAAGAAGCUCGCCAAGCUGGUGUUGGGCAUCGACAUCCAGCUCGAGGGCGAGUCGCAUUCGUCGGUCGAAGACGCGCGUGCCACCAUGGCCGUCUUCCGCAGUCAAAAGUCCAAAUGGGACGAGCAGCUGCGUGCAAAGGGCCACGGCGGAUUCGGUGGCAGCUCCGUUGCCUCGAGGUUGGGCUCGCGUUCGGCACGGCCCAACAAGGUGUGGAAGGCCCCUGUUGACGGCCAAGCCGUCGACCCCGCUUCGCCUGCACUCGACAAGCGACCCUUCUCCACUGCGGGCGACAACAGUCUCACCGACACCGUGCGUCUCAAACCGCGCAUGGCCGCCCAGGCCGACUGGUGGAAGGAGUCCAUCUGA